UAAAAUAAAAUCAGAAAAACACAAUUGAAAAGAGAACACAGAACUCGAAGAAGAAGAAAAAAGAAAAGUCUCGAAGAAAUGAACGACGGAGGACCAAAACGACAAGGCGGCAGGCCAUUACCUCCACCACCAAGAGGUCCGCCUCCUCCAUCCUCCCGUCCUCGUCUCGAACCAGUCGAUCGUGAAAAGACUUGCCCCUUGCUCCUCCGUGUGUUCACUAAGAUAGGAAGCCAUCAUUCAAUGGAUGAUUUUUCAGUUAGAGGGAAAGAACCUAAAGAUGAAGUUCAGAUUUAUACAUGGAAAGAUGCUACUCUCAGAGAAUUAACCGAUCUUGUCAAAGAAGUGGCUCCUGCUGCAAGAAGAAGAAAUGCAAAGCUCUCUUUUGCUUUUGUGUUUCCUGAUAAAAAUGGCCGUUUCAAAGUUCAAGAGGUGGGCAAGACAUUGUCUUAUGGAACUGGAAGAUUAGACGACGGCAAGGCUUUAGCUGAUCUUGGUUUUGAGAUUGGUGAUUACUUGGAUGUGGCUAUUCUGUAGUUUAUGUCUAUCAGUCUAUGUAACUUUGUUGUGCUUUGGCCUACUCUUGUGUGAUGAUGAUGGUAUUCAAACAGUCUAUUUUUUAGUUAAAGACUUUAUAGAAUGUUUAGUUAUUAAUGUCACAACUUUAAAAUGAGAUGAGAAUAGUUUUACCUCUUAAAACGCCUAUUUUCAUUAUUA